UCGUUUGCCUCGCUUUAUAUAAGUAAAACCUACACCGCCCUAAUGUAUUUUUACACCUGGUUUCAACAGGAUGCUUGAUGCAGUUCGGUUUCGGUGCCUUUUGGUUCUUAUACUUCAUUUUGUUUGUCAUUUUCAAAGGAUACGGGUUUAGUUUGUUUCGUGAUUUUAAUUUUUAAAGCGCGUGAUUUCAUUAUCGGCGAUAGAGUGGGCGAUUUUUGAAUGUUGCCUCCAUUGUGCGCGAAUGAUUCUCGAAGGCGAAGACCAUUCUUUAGUGAAAUUAAUUUGCCAGAAGAUUGGAAAAUUGAUCCAUAGCAAAAACAAUGUAAACAUGAAUUUGCCAACUAGAAAUGGAGUAAAUCCACCAACCACCACAACACAAAAUCUACCUCUUCCUCCACCUCCAACAAAAAUGAGGCACAUGCUUCCUACAAUAAGCUCUCUUAAGAAUUUUCUUCCCGCCCUCACAUUUCUUGUCGCCUUUGCUACUGUAAUGACCGUCCUUGUUAUACACAUGAACAAUACGGCAACUCGCCAUCAUCAAUUUCUGGUGAACAUGAGUAGAGACAACGAAUUCUUAGGGGUCGCACAAGAUAAUCCCGAACUCAUAACUUACAUACGAGAAGUUCACCUAAGCCCAGCAGUGGAACCACACCACAAGCCAUUAGAAACAUUAGGUCCUUUCCCUACAGAGGACACGGCUUACAUAAUAAAACUGCUUAACAACAAGAAAGAGGGAAUUUUUGUGGAGGCGGGCGCGUAUAGUGAUGGUAAGGUUUCAAAAACGGAAUAUCUAGAAAAACGAAUGUCAUGGCACGGGUUGCUCAUUCAGCCAGAACCGACUCAUUAUUUUAAAUUGAAGAGGCAUAAUCGGGGACGCUCGCUAGCCAUCCACGCAUGUCUUAGUUCUACUCCAUAUCCAAAGGAGAUUACUUUCCACCAAGAAGAUCGCGAUGGAGUAAAAAUCAAUCAAAUCCAUACAAACACAGUAGAGGAUCCAGAUUGGUUCAACACACGGGUCAAAUGUUUUCCCUUCUAUUCGCUUCUACUGGCGAUGAACAUAAGUUCGGUUGAUUUAUUCAUUCUAGAGUCGGGCGGUACAGAGCUACAAGUUUUACAAACUAUACCAUUCGACCGGGUGUCAAUCGAUAUAAUUAAUGUACAAAUACAGGCAAACGAUUCUGAAAAGGACACAAUUAAGAAGUUUUUGAUAUCGAAAAAUUACACAUUCACGCAAAGCUUUAACAGCAAUCACGUAUUUAGACUGAAACAUUCUCAAGUUUAGAGUAAAUUAAGAUUUAGUUUACAAGUCACUCGUUAAGCUAUGAACCGUUACGUACGAAAGACAUGAAAGAAGACUGAUUACUGCUGUCUGAUUAUCACUAGUGUUAUGUAUUUUUUAAAAACACACUCACUCAGUGCUUAAAAUGCGGUUAGCAUUUAAAAGUUACUAGCUUUAUGAAAUGUGCCUACAUUUGAAUAUUAUACCUAAGUACCUACCUACCCGUUACCACUUGUACGCACACAUUUAUCUUACUAGGUUACUAGAAUGCAUUUAAUAAUUCAUCACAUUCCGUAUGAAAGCAAUAACUCUGUUAAUAUCAUUUUUGUUUACCAGAUUUGUGAUAUUUUAUGCUUUUGAAAUUUUUGGAAUAGGUAAUUUUUAUGCUACAUACCUAAUAGAAGGUAAUUUUUUUAUUCAAUUUCACACCUUUUUGUGAAAUUCGUACUUACCUAGAGACCUACCUAUAAGUAGUUUCGUAA